AUGUUUAAACAAAGCUGCUUUUUUGGGUUUGCAAGAAUUGUUCGAUUAAAAGACGACGCGGAAACUUGCGCCGAUGAAGCGGUAAAUAUCGCUCGGUCAGGCACUGAUUCACAGUCAGCGACGGUUCCUCCUGUGAAUGAUGCAGAAAGAAAGGCAAAAGCUGAAAUGAUUGCAAAAGGCCGUAAAGCCAAAAAGCUGAAACGUCAGGCUAACAGUGAAGCUUCAGCUGUGCGGCGCUGUGAUCUGGAAAAUAUUGAAGUCACAGCAGAGGAAAUAAACGAUGUGAUGAAAGAACUAGCUAAAGCUGCGUCUACCAGUGAGCCGCGUGAGAUCUGGCACACUCCUUUAUAUGACAUCCGUGAAGAAGCGUAUGAAGAAAUGAAACGGCCACCUUUCCCGGAAAAUUCGAAUUUUCGGGUCCGUCUAAAUACAUUUCGUGAUUUAUGGCGUCGUGGUUACUACCUAACAUGUGGUUUAAAAUUUGGUUGCGAUUACCUGGCGUACGAAGCAAUUCCCGGU